AUGUACUCCAAGACCGCCAUCAUCACCUUCUUCGCCGGCUUUGCCGCUGCCCAGAUCCACGCUCCCGUCGGCGAGCCCGCUGGUAACCCCAUCACCCGUCCUUUGAACGAGGUUGUCCCCACCUGCGAGCAGUUCACCAUCACCUGGCAGCCAACUACCCCCAACACUGUCUCUGUUCUCCUCCUCAAGGGACCCUCCACCAACGUCGUCAAGUUCGGUCCUUCUCUCGCUGAGGGAAUCGCCAACAGCGGUAGCCUCGCGUGGACCCCCGCCUCCACCCUCGAGGCCACCAACGGCCCCAACGGAUACGGCAUCCAGAUCAUUGACGAUGUCACCGGCCAGUACCAGUACUCCACCCAGUUCGGUAUCUCCAAGGGCAACUGCGAGGAGGCCGUUUCCAGCUCCAUGAUCGAGCCCAGCAGCGUCGCUGUCGCUAGCUCCACCCCUGCCGCCAGCAGCGCCUACGCUCCCGGCUACGGUGCCUCAACCCCCCUUGCUAGCCACACCCCCAUCCCUCUCCCAUCUGCUGUCCACUCCAGCGAGGCUCCUUACCCCACCACCGUCGUGACCUCUGCUAUGGUCCCUGCCUACAGCACUGGUGUCUCUGCCAACGGCACCGUCCCCAUGCCCACUGCUGGCGGUAACGCUACCACCAGCCGUCUUCCUGAGGCUACCACCAACGCCGCCUCUGGCGUCCAGGCUGCGCUCGGCUUUGCCGGCGCCGCCGCCGCUUUCGCUUUCAUGCUAUAA